AUGAGCAAAGAACUGUUACUACGGAUUUCAUCAAUCGACCCAGAAAGAGGAAUCAUCCUCCACCAAGACAAUGCAAGCUCGCACACAGCCCAAAAAACAAGGCAGUAUUUAACGGAAGAAAACGUGGAAUUAUUGGACCAUCCUCCAUAUAGUCCCGAUCUAAGUCCUAACGAUUUCUUUACUUUCCCGAAAAUUAAAAACAGACUGCGUGGUCAAAGGUUCCAGUCACCAGAAGAAGCAGUUGACGCAUUCAAAAAUGCCGUUUUGGAUCUGCCAGCAAACUAAUGGAAUAAGUGUAUCAAUUUUCGU